CGCCGGAGAGGAGUUGUGCGCUCUGGCUGGCGCUCGCUCGCUCGCUCAUUGCUGGCUGUGCGUUCCGCGAGCCGCGCAGGUGCCGCUGCACGUCGGGGAGAGGCAGGAUGGCGAGGGCGGCGGGGAGGCAGCCAGGAGGAGGGCUUCGGAGGGCAUGAGAAGGAAGCGGAGACGAGGGGGAGGCAGCGCGCCUUGUGCACUCGCCCCGGGCUGGGCUGGGCUGGGCAGAUGAGAAGGUCCCCGGCAGGGCAGGGCGCUUUGCAGCUAGGAUGAUGCUCCUGGUCGGCGGGCGGUAGUACUAUGAUUUGGUAUGUGGCCACUUUGAUAGCAAGUGUGAUCAGCACCAGAGGACUGGCAGCAGCUCAAGGUGCCCACGGCUUAAGGGAGGAACCCGAGUUUGUGACAGCUCGUGCUGGUGAGAGUGUGAUCCUGGGAUGCGACGUAAUCCACCCACUGACCGGCCAGCCCCCUCCUUAUGUGGUGGAGUGGUUCAAGUUUGGAGUGCCUAUCCCCAUCUUCAUCAAGUUUGGGUUCUACCCUCCCCAUGUGGACCCAGAAUAUGCCGGCCGUGCCAACCUUCAUGACAAGGCAUCUCUGCGCAUUGAGCAGGUUCGCUCUGAGGACCAAGGCUGGUACGAGUGCAAGGUGCUCAUGCUCGAUCAGCAGUACGACACGUUCCACAACGGCAGCUGGGUGCACCUCACUGUCAAUGCUCCCCCCACCUUCACAGAAACUCCCCCCCAAUACGUAGAGGCGAAGGAAGGCGGCAGCAUUACACUCACCUGCAUGGCUUUCGGGAACCCUAAGCCAACCGUCACCUGGCUGAAAGAGGGGGACCUCUUAGGUGCCAACAAUAAAUAUCAGGUUAGUGAUGGGAGUCUGACUGUUGUUUCCGUUAGUCGGGAUGACCGGGGCGCUUACACCUGCCGGGCUUAUAGCAUCCAGGGAGAGGCUGUGCACACUACCCGCUUGCUUGUCCAAGGACCCCCUUUCAUCGUUUCCCCUCCAGAGAACAUCACGGUUAACAUCUCCCAGGAUGCAAUGUUCACCUGCCAGGCUGAGGCAUAUCCAGGCAACCUGACCUACACUUGGCACUGGGAAGACGAGAACGUCUACUUUAAGAAUGACCUAAAGCUGAGGGUUCGGAUCCUGAUUGAUGGGACGCUGAUCAUCUUCCGAGUCAAGCCUGAAGACGCUGGAAAAUACACCUGCAUUCCAAGCAACAGCCUGGGGCGCUCGCCAUCAGCCUCUGCCUACCUGACUGUGCAGUAUCCUGCCCGUGUGGUCAACAUGCCACCCGUCAUAUACGUUCCUGUGGGGAUACAUGGAUACAUUCGCUGCCCAGUUGAGGCGGAACCUCCGGUUACCCUGGUCAAGUGGAACAAAGAUGGACGCCCUCUGCACAUUGAAAAGUUUUCUGGCUGGAGUCUGAUGGAAGAUGGCUCAAUUCGAAUAGAAGAGGCAACGGAAGAAGCUCUUGGCACAUACACCUGCGUGCCUUAUAAUGCCCUGGGUACAAUGGGCCAGUCCCCCCCUGCCCGACUCGUACUGAAGGACCCGCCCUAUUUUACGGUGCUACCAGGCUGGGAGUACAGACAAGAGGCAGGGAGGGAGCUGUUGAUACCCUGUGCUGCUGCAGGAGACCCCUUUCCUGCCAUCGCCUGGAGAAAGGUAGGGAAGCCCAGUAGAAGCAAGCACAACACCCUUCCAAGUGGCAGCCUCCAGUUCCGAUCUCUCAGUAAGGAUGACCACGGAGAGUGGGAAUGUGUCGCUACCAACAUAGUCACAAGCAUAACUGCUAGCACUCAUCUGACCGUCAUCGGCACAAGCCCCCAUGCCCCAGGCAACGUGCGCAUCGCUGUUUCCAUGACCUCUGCCAAUGUUUCCUGGGAGCCUGGCUAUGAUGGUGGAUAUGAACAGACAUUCUCAGUUUGGUACGGCCCUCUGAUGAAGCGGGCACAAUUUGGACCUCAUGACUGGCUCUCUUUCCCAGUGCCAACUGGGCCCAGUUGGUUCCUCAUGGAUAAUCUAGAACCGGAGACUGCCUACCAGUUCAGUGUCUUGGCCCAAAACAAGCUAGGCACAAGCUCCUUCAGUGAGGUGGUCACUGUGAAUACUUUAGCAUUCCCUGUCACAACUCCAGAACCCCUGGUGCUGGUUACUCCACCAAGGUGCCUAACAGCCAAUCGGACGCAGCAAGGAGUCCUAUUGUCAUGGCUUCCUCCAGCCAAUCAUAGCUUUCCGAUUGACCGUUAUAUUAUGGAGUUUCGGGUUGGAGAAAGAUGGGAGAUUUUAGAUGAUGCCAUCUUGGGGAGUGACAGUGACUUCUUUGCAAAGGAUUUGACUCAGGACACAUGGUACGAGUUCAGAGUUCUGGCUGUCAUGCAAGACCUCAUCAGUGAACCCAGCAACAUUGCCGGCGUAUCCAGCACAGACAUAUUUCCACAGCCAGAGCUGACUGAUGAAGGCUUGGCCCGGCCUGUGCUGGCUGGAAUAGUUGCCACCAUUUGCUUCCUCGCAGCUGCCAUCCUAUUCAGCACUCUAGCUGCCUGCUUCGUCAACAAGCAACGCAAACGGAAACUUAAGCGCAAAAAAGACCCUCCUCUCUCAAUAACCCAUUGCAGGAAGAGUUUAGAGUCUCCGUUGUCCUCUGGAAAAGUGAGCCCCGAGAGCAUCCGGACGCUCCGUCCGCCCUCCGAAUCUUCCGAUGACCAGGGCCCACCUGGCAAGCGGAUGCUUAGCCCCAGCAAGGAGAAGGAGCUCUCCCUUUACAAGAAGACCAAGCGGGCCAUCAGCAGCAAGAAGUACAGUGUUUCCAAGGCUGAGGCAGAAGCUGAGGCGACCACCCCCAUCGAACUCAUCAGCCGCGGGCCAGAUGGCCGUUUUGUCAUGGAUCCUUCAGAGAUGGAGCCCUCCCUCAAGACCCGCCGGAUAGAGGGCUUCCCCUUUGUGGAGGAGACGGACAUGUACCCGGAGUUCCGCCAGUCCGAUGAAGAGAACGACGACCCCGUGAUGCCUGCCUCUGUGACAGCCCUCAAGUCCCAGCUGACGCCUCUCUCCUCCAGCCAGGAGUCUUACCUUCAGCCACCAGCAUACAGCCCAAGGUUUCACCGGGGCCUGGAGGGGACGGGCACCAUGGAGAGCCGCCUCCAAGCCACUGGCCAGGCCAGGCCUCCUGCCCCCAGGCCAUUCCACCACGGCCCGUAUUACGGUUACCUCAGCAGCAGCAGCCCCGGCGAGAUGGACCCUCCGCCUUUCUACAUGCCGGAGGUCAGCCCCCUCAGCUCUGUCAUGUCCUCCCCUCCUCUGCACCCAGAGGGGCCUUUUGGCCAUGCCACCAUCCCCGAGGAGAAUGGAGAGAACGCCUCCAACAGCACGCUGCCCCUGACCCAGACUCCGACGGGGGGCCGGUCCCCCGAGCCAUGGGGCAGGGCCGAGUUCCCUUUCAGCGGCCUGGAAUCGUCUCCCAUCAUGUUCCCCCACCAGCUCCACCAGUGCGAAAUGGCCGAGAGCCUGCAGCCAAAGGCCAGUCUUCCUAGGGGACCACCACCUUCCUCGCUCCAGGUCCCCACGUCCUACCCUGGCAUGCUGGCCCUGGAGGCACCAAAGAGCUGGACUGGCAAGUCGCCAAGCAGAAGCCAACCUUCCAUGCCCACCGCCGCCAAAUGGCAGGACAAACCUAUGCAACCAAUGGCGAGUCAAGGGCAGCUAAGACACACCAGUCAAGGCAUGGGCAUACCUGUGUUGCCUUACCAUGGGCCGUCCGAGUCAGUCAGCCACAGCGGCACAAGCACAUUUGGCCUGGACACCAGGUGGUACGACCCCCAACCCAGACCUCGGCCCAGCCCCCGGCAAGCCAGGAGGGCUGAGCCCAGUUUACAUCAGGUGGUGCUACAACCUUCGAGGCUUUCCCCCCUGACCCAGAGCCCCCUCAGCUCCCGCACCAGCUCCCCAGAGCUGACGGCGCGGGCCAGGCCACGGCCGGGCCUCAUCCACCAGGCGGAGAUGUCUGAGAUCACUCUGCAGCCUCCGGCGGCCGUCAGCUUCUCCCGCAAGUCCACCCCGUCGACAGGAUCCCCUGCCCAGAGCAGCCGGGGAGGAAGCCCCAGCUUCCGGCCAGCCAUGUCUUUCACUUCUCUGGCCACCGGCUAUCCCCCCCCUCAGUGCCCUUCCCUGCCCGUGGAGCCCAUAGACGUCUUCGGACAAAUCCCCUCUCCGAGGAGGGGAGGGGAGGACAUUCUUAGGCCGGAGCCGACACCGACAACCAGUUCGGGAAAACGUCCAUCUCCAACCCGGAACGCUGCUGCACCUGAGAGGCUCGAAGCUCUGAAAUACCAGCGGAUAAAGAAGCCCAAAAAGUCAUCCAAGGGCUCCUCGAAAUCCAAAAAACAAAUCAAUGGUUCUGCCUCCCAGGUUCAGCAACACCCUAACUCUCAGGUACUGUGGCCUGACGAAGCUGUCUGUCUCCGGAAGAAGAAGAGACAUCCUCGCCAGGACCCCUUUGCCCGCCUCUCAGCACUGAAGGAUGACCUCUGCCACCGGCAGGUUCCUGAGGACCAGACAGCCAUUCUCAACAGCGUGGACCAUGAUGAUUCCAGUGGGCAUGCAACCUUACUUUAGAGUAGCACCAGCCAGAGAAGGGACAAGGGGGAAGCUGGGUGUGUAUGUGUGGAGGGGUGGGGCAGGAUAAGGGUGCAAAUAUCUUGUGAUCAGGCAGAAUCCACAGAGAAACAGUGGGGAGAGAAGAAGCUGAAGCACAGGUGUGUGUGCACGCGUGUGUGUUUGUGGCUCAUCCAUACUGGAGGGUGUGGGCUUCAGUCUUGUUUUUGGGUACCAACAUGGGGGGCGGGAAGUGCCUAACAAAGCAAUUAAUAACUUACAUAUGGUGCACAAUACCCUUGUGUGGUAUUUGAUAGGAGUAAACCCAACAUGAAGUCUUUGACCAUUGCAGGAUGGGGGGACCGUUUGCAUCUCCCUGUAGCAUUUUCAUUUGCAAUGCAAUCCGUUAGGAUAGGCAAUAUCCGAAAUGAGAGAGGAAGGGAGGUGGGCGGGCAUGGGAGAAACAUCCCUGCUUAAGCAAAUCAGCUUUGUUUGGAUCUCCUGCAGAGGAUCAGGCAAAGGAAGAGAUCAGUUCAUGGAGUUCUGUAGGAGAGGGAAAUGGAGCUUCGAAGUGACCACCCUUUGUAAAAAUAUUCAUCAUAAUAAUCUGGUGAGCCUCAAACCUU